AGUGUCUCUCUGUGGUAAUUUUAAAAGAGUUUUCCAAAAUCGUGGAAACCUAUGUUUGCAGUGGUUACUCGCUACAGAAGCACAACCGUUACAAUAAUAUUUAAUUAUUUCUACCUCGAAUAUUCUGGCGAUAUUUUUAUUGUAAUUUCAGACAAUCAGUGGCAUAUCUGAUGCGUAUUUGGAUUUGGUGGAAUUCUGUGUGCAACGACUUGCAGUGUCCCAUUUCUUAUUUUCAAAAUACACCACAGAAAUGGCGUGUCUUAAGCUGAUCCUUAGCCUUGCCCUUGUCUUUUGUUUACUUGACCACAUUGUCUGCGAAGAAAAGAAAUGCUUGGAAAGGGCGGAUAUCACCGUGGCGGGUAGUAAUAACAAAAUCCAAGGAUGGAAGAACGUCGGCGGCUGCACGUGCACGGAGGCUCGUAACUUAGUCAACAAACCCGGAAGGAUCGGAGGCUAUGUCCCUCAAUGCGACGAACACGGUAAAUUCCAUCGCCGACAAGGGUGGGGUGGUGUCGGGUCUGAAUGGUGUGUGGAUGAGCACGGCCACCAGAUUUCCGAAACCAAUUUCCGUGGUAGCCAUCCGAACCUCAACUGCUGAGUGCCGAUCCCGAUCAGUCUUCAUGAUCCCACAACAGAAACGAAGAUUCACACCUUUUUCUGUCUGAACUACAGCUGUUCUAAGUUCACAUUAAGUAAUAAUGCAAAAAUUUGAUGUUUGUUUUGAAUUGUUGACAUCGCAAUGCAGCAGCUGCCCACUCUGAUGUGCACUCCGAAAUUAUUCACAGGUAUCCUAACACCUGGUAACUGUUACGAAUGAGUACUGGAAGAAAAACGACGGAAAACCGGAA